ACCUUUGCUCCGCCUCCGGAAGUGGUUUGCUCCCGGUGCCAAGUUCGCGGAGCUGCGAGGUGUUCAGCAUUAUUUAAGAUCACCUAUGCAUCAUCUGAAGCCACAAUCCCAGGUCAUCUUCAUCACCUUCCCCAGUGGAAUGCCUCCUGUGUUAAAGCCCACAACAACCCCUGUGGUCUCUGCCGUUUCCUCCUGACAUCGAGGAACAACCAUGUCAUCAGAAUCGAGCAAAAAACGGAAGCCCAAAGUGAUCCGAAGCGAUGGAGCCCCAGCUGAAGGAAAGCGGAAUCGAUCUGACACGGAGCAGGAAGGUAAAUACUACAGUGAGGAGGCCGAGGUGGAUCUGCGGGACCCUGGCAGAGACUAUGAGUUAUACAAGUACACCUGCCAGGAGCUACAGAGGCUGAUGGCCGAGAUCCAAGACCUGAAGAGCAGGGGUGGCAAGGAUGUGGCAAUCGAAAUAGAAGAACGGAGGAUCCAGAGCUGUGUGCAUUUCAUGACUCUAAAGAAGCUUAACCGAUUAGCCCACAUCAGGUUGAAGAAAGGAAGAGAUCAGACCCACGAGGCUAAGCAGAAAGUAGAUGCCUAUCACCUGCAGCUCCAGAACCUGUUGUAUGAGGUGAUGCACCUACAGAAGGAGAUCACCAAAUGUUUGGAAUUUAAGUCAAAGCAUGAAGAAAUUGAUCUGGUCAGUUUAGAGGAGUUUUAUAAGGAGGCUCCACCAGAUAUCAGCAAGGCCGAAGUCACCAUGGGAGACCCUCACCAGCAAACACUGGCACGUCUGGACUGGGAGCUGGAGCAGCGGAAAAGGCUGGCAGAGAAGUACCGAGAGUGCCUAUCCAACAAGGAGAAGAUUCUCAAGGAGAUUGAGGUGAAGAAGGAGUACCUGAGCAGCCUCCAGCCCCGCCUCAACAGCAUCAUGCAGGCUUCCCUUCCGGUGCAGGAGUACCUGUUUAUGCCGUUUGACCAGGCUCACAAGCAGUAUGAGACAGCCAGACACCUGCCGCCUCCCCUCUAUGUCCUCUUUGUUCAGGCCACUGCAUAUGGGCAGGCCUGUGCUCAUAUGAAAUCCUCCCAGCCCCCUAGACAGGAUAAGACGUUAUCUGUGGCAAUCGAAGGCAGUGUGGAUGAAGCCAAGGCUCUGUUCAAGCCUCCAGAGGACUCCCAAGAUGACGAGAGUGACUCGGAUGCCGAGGAGGAGCAGACCACGAAACGCCGGAGACCCACGCUAGGGGUUCAGUUGGACGACAAACGCAAGGAGAUGCUGAAGAGGCACCCACUGUCUGUCAUGCUCGACCUGAAGUGCAAAGAUGACAGUGUGCUUCACCUGACUUUCUACUACCUCAUGAACCUCAACAUCAUGACAGUAAAAGCCAAAGUGACAACUGCCACGGAGCUGAUCACCCCCAUCAGUGCAGGUGACUUGCUGUCUCCUGACUCAGUCCUGAGUUGCUUGUAUCCUGGGGAUCAUGGAAAGAAAACUCCGAAUCCAGCCAAUCAGUAUCAGUUUGAUAAAGUUGGCAUCCUGACUUUGAGCGACUAUGUACUUGAGCUAGGUCACCCCUAUUUGUGGGUACAGAAGCUGGGUGGCCUCCACUUCCCCAAAGAGCAGCCCCAGCAAACAGUGAUUGCUGACCACUCGCUGAGCGCCAGCCACAUGGAGACCACCAUGAAACUUCUGAAGACCAGGGUGCAGUCCCGCCUGGCCCUCCACAAACAGUUUGCAUCCCUAGAACAUGGCAUUGUGCCAGUUACCAGUGAUUGCCAGUACCUCUUCCCUGCCAAGGUUGUCUCUCGCCUGGUGAAAUGGGUGACAGUUGCCCAUGAGGAUUACAUGGAGCUGCAUUUCACCAAAGACAUUGUGGAUGCGGGACUGGCUGGGGACACCAAUCUCUACUACAUGGCACUCAUCGAAAGGGGCACAGCCAAACUGCAGGCCGCUGUGGUGUUGAACCCUGGCUACUCCUCCAUCCCACCUAUUUUCCAGCUCUGUUUGAACUGGAAAGGGGAGAAAACCAACAGCAACGAUGACAACAUUCGGGCCAUGGAGGGCGAAGUCAAUGUGUGCUACAAGGAGCUGUGUGGCCCUUGGCCCAGCCACCAGCUGUUGACCAACCAGCUGCAGCGGCUGUGUGUACUGCUGGAUGUUUACCUGGAGACCGAGAGCCAUGACGACAGUGUGGAGGGGCCCAAGGAAUUUCCCCAGGAGAAGAUGUGUCUGCGGCUCUUCAGGGGUCCCAGCAGGAUGAAGCCGUUUAAAUACAACCAUCCUCAGGGAUUCUUCAGCCAUCGCUGACCUCCCACCCAGCCUGUUGUUUCCCCCAAGGCCUCACCCUGAGCACUGGGCUUCUGCUUUCUGCUCUGGCCCACAUGUGACUCUUGAUAUUCUCCAAAGACACCAGCCGAUUAAAAAGCAUCACCUGAGUGGCCUUUGUCUGUGGUUCCUGGCAGUGGCUUUGCAGUCUGGAAGGGCAGGUGGGGGAGCUGUGACACGGUGUGAAAAAGCAUUUGUAGAGAGACUUUUUCUCAGCAGCCAAGAAAAGCAGAGUGGAAAAAGAUUCCAAUUCUGCAGAGAGAUGCUCA